AUGCAUCCUCAAGACCAAGCCAACCAACAGAUCCUUUCUGACCCAACGACCUUCUGGUCCCACCAUGCCAAACAAAUCACAUGGAUUAGGCAGCCCCGCGCAGUGCUCGAGCAAUACACCCAAACACUCCCCUCCGGCGUCUCCCACCCAUCAUGGACCUGGUUUCCCGAUGGUGAACUAAAUACCUGUUACAACUGCGUGGAUCGCCACCUAGAGGCUGGACGCGGCGACGAGACAGCAGGGUUUUGGCACUCGGAAGUUGCGGGUCAGAGGGAGAAGUUCACUUAUGGAAGGCUCUUGAGGGAGGUGGAGACACUGGCGGGAGUGCUGAGGGGUUUCGGGGUUGGUAAGGGGGACACGGUGGUGAUUUAUAUGCCGAUGAUUCCGCAGGCCUUGUUUGCUAUGUUGGCUUCUGCCCGCUUAGGCGCUGUGCACGCUGUGGUAUUUGGUGGCUUCGGCGCUUAUGCCCUCGCACAGCGUAUCGAUCAGAGCAACAAUCCUAAAGUCAUCUUGACAGCUUCGUGUGGUCUCGAGGGACCUAUCAAGAAGAUCGAUUACCAACCGCUAGUCCGCGGUGCUCUCAGGAUGUGCAAAGCCCGGCCCAACAAAGUGCUCGUCUGGCAGCGUUCCGAACUCCACUGGCCGGGUGGAAUGGACAAGUCGAAGUCCGAAGUCGACUGGGAGCAAGCCGUGACUCAGGCCGCUCGCGAAGGUGUCACUGCUGAAUGCGUACCCGUGCGAAGCGAGGAUCCACUGUACAUCAUUUACACGAGCGGUACGACAGGAGCACCGAAAGGCGUGCUGCGUGAUAAUGGUGGCCACGCCGUCGGUUUGUUGCAGUGCAUUCGCUGUACCUCCGGCGUGCGAGGACCAGGCGAUAUAUCGCUCGGUGUAUCGGACAUCGGAUGGGUAACCGGACACUCCUUUGUGCUUUAUGGACCGCUGAUGGCGGGAUCAGCGAUCGUUCUGUUCGAAGGUAAACCCGUCGGGACACCGGACGCUGGUAUUGUUUGGAGACUCGUGGAAGAGUACAAUAUCAACAUCAUUUUCACUGCUCCAACAGCGCUACGAGCGAUUCGAAGAGCGGACCAGGACCUGACAUUUUUGAAGGAAGUCGGGGAUAGAGGAGGACUGAGAUCGUUGCGAGCCCUUUGGCUGACGGGCGAACGAUCACAGCCGGCUGUCGUUGAGACAUUCCAACACAAGCUCGACGACUAUGCAGCCAAAGGUGCUAUCAUCAACGACAAUUGGGGUCUCAGCGAACAAGGCGUACUUCUAAGCUGCACGGCUCUGAUCCCAGCCGCCGGUCUCGAUGCAUCCAAUACGGAAUUCAUCCCAGGCGCCGCCAAAAAGGUCAUUCCCGGCUGUGCUGGAACCGGAAUGCCAGGCAUGGACAUACACUGCGUUGACGACGAUGGAAAUGAUGUGCCGCCAGGUACAAUGGGGAACAUGGUGCUGGGAUUGCCGCUGUCGCCCUCUUCAUUCCGGACGCUGUGGGGUGAUGCCGAGAGAUUCUAUACGAGUUACUUGAAGCGAUUUGAAAAUCGGUGGUUCGAUACAGGCGAUGCAGGACUGAUUACUGAGGAGGGUUACGUGCAAAUCAUGAGUCGGUCGGACGAUGUUAUCAAUGUGGCUGGCCACCGACUGAGUACUGGCGCCAUCGAACAAGCAAUCUCAGCUCAUCCAGCUGUAGCCGAAUGCUGCGUGAUUGGCAAGCCGGAUGAGCUAAAAGGCCACCUCCCGCUGGGUUUCGUGGUGACCUUCUCGCCGCAGGAUGAAGGUCAACUCUUCAAAGAAGUCCAGGCACUGGUACGAGAACAGCAGGGAAGCAUCGCUAGUCUAGGCGGAAUCAUUACUGCUAAGCAAGGCGACAAUCUUAUACCUAAGACUCGUUCUGGUAAGAUGCUCCGACGAAACCUGAAAGAGAUUGUGGAAAAUGCGUACAGUGGUGAGAUUGAAAAGGAAGUGAAUGUUCCUGCGACUAUCGAAGACUUCGCCGCUGUCGACAUUGCUCGCAGAGCGAUCAAGGCCUAUGUCGACUCCGAGCAGGGCCCGAAAGCAAAAUUAUAG